CCCCUCUCUGAAGUCACCAGCGGCUCCUCGCAAAGCACUGGCUAAGGGGGAGGAGGAGGCAGGGCUGAGGAACAUGGGGAGGCUAGAGCUUGGCUUAAGCCACAGAAAGAUAGGCGGAGAAGGACGAGCGAGCGAGCGAGCGAGCGAGAGCAGGCGAGCGCGCGGGCCGGGAAGGAGCCGGCCGCUACUCGCUCAAGCACCUGCCGAGCUGAGGAGCGCCGGGAUACCCUGGACAGCGCCCCGCCGCGCUUUUUCCUCUGCCACUCCUCGCCCUGAGCAGCAGCACCAGCAAGCCGAGCGCGCCCGGUGGCCCUCCCGCUAAGCGACCCCCUUCCGUGGCGGCAGCAUGGAGCAUCUCAAGGCUUUUGACCAGGAAGUAAAUGAGUUUGUGGACUAUAUGUUUGGAGCUAGAGAUCCCAGGGUAAGAGGAUGGCUCAUGCUGGAUUCUUACUUACCCACUUGUUCCCUCACUGUUGCAUAUCUGCUCUUCAUAUGGCUGGGCACCACAUUUAUGAAGAACAGGCCUGCUUUGUCACUCAGGGGUCUUCUUAUUAUAUAUAACCUUGGAGUCACAAUGCUUUCAUUUUACAUGCUUAUAGAGCUAAUUCUUGCCACUUGGGAAGGAGGUUAUAACUUACAGUGUCAAAACCUGACCAGUGCAGGAGAAGCCGACAUCCGGGUGGCCAAGGUGUUGUGGUGGUAUUACUUCUCUAAAGUCAUUGAAUUUGCCGACACUAUUUUCUUUGUGUUGCGGAAGAAAAACAGUCAAAUUACUUUCCUUCAUGUUUAUCAUCAUGCCACUAUGUUUAACAUCUGGUGGUGCGUCAUGAACUGGAUACCUUGUGGACAAAGUUUCUUUGGACCCACCUUGAAUAGUUUUAUCCAUGUCCUCAUGUACUCCUACUAUGGGCUGUCGGUCAUUCCAUCCAUGCACAAGUAUCUAUGGUGGAAGAAGUACCUCACUCAAGCACAACUGAUUCAGUUUUUGCUCACUAUUACACACACACUGAGUGCAGUUGUGAAGCCAUGCGGAUUUCCAUUUGGUUGCCUCAUCUUCCAGUCCUCAUAUAUGGCCACACUGGUCAUUCUAUUUGUUAAUUUUUAUGUUCGGACGUAUCAGAAAAGACCUUCAAGGACUAGUAAGAAAGAGGCCCCUCUGGUGCCAGAAAUCAAGAACGGAUUCCAUAAAGAUUACAUAAUAGCAGCUAAUGGUGCUUUAAAUAAAAAAGCACAAUAAUAUAUUUUAUUAUAUUGUAGUAUACAAAAUUACUUCUUUUGCUAAAAAAACACAUGAAUUGACUAGACAAUUAUACUCAGCUUUAGUACAAGGUCUGACUCAGUUUGGUUACAUUUAGCAGUUCUUUUACUUCCAGUUUAACUCAUAAUUGAUUACUUUUUUUUAACAAUGUAGGUUUUAAUAUUUUGAUAAAUAUCUCCAUCCAAACAGUGAGGAUAAGUAAGCCAAAACAAAGCCACACUUUGUAAUUUUAAACAUGGGCAGAAUGUCUGACAAGAGUUGUUCCUUGGGACAAUUAAAGUACAAGUAUGCUUGGAA